AUGACGCUGAAUACGUUCAUGUUUGUGCUUGUGCUUAUUCUUCUUGUGUUCUCAUCUGGUAUGCCCGGUGUAUGUUCUGUCAGACUCUUGGGCAGACAUAAAAUAUUUAAUGUUCUUAGCUAUGGUGCAAAAGCUGACGGACAAAGAGAUGAUAGCUCGGCCUUCCUAGCAGCUUGGCAUGCUGCCUGUUCUUCAACUGGAUUGCCAGUUGUAUAUGUACCAAAGAUGACAUUUCUGAUCAAUCCAGUUAUCUUUCAGGGGCCAUGUCGAAAUGCCCAUAUGACAAUGCAGGUAACUGGGAAGCUUAUUGCUCCAACAGAUAAUAGCUUGUGGAGUGAACAGAGCAAAAAUUAUUGGCUGCAUUUCAUGAACGUGAUUGGCUUAACAGUUGAAGGUAGAGGAAUUUUAGAUGGACGAGGAGCUUCUUGGUGGACAGAGAUGAAUGCAAAGGAAUUUGUAGUAUCUAACGAAUCUGUUUUCUUUGAAAAACAGACAUUGAGAUUUACAGGGACAACGAAUACCAUAGUAAGAAAGAUCACUUCAAUCAACAGCAAGCAGUUUCAUGUAAACUUCGAUACCUGCAGUAAUGUUGUGGUUGAAGGUGUGACUAUUAAGGCUCCGGGUGACAGUCCCAAUACUGAUGGAAUUCAUGUGGGACAAUCUUCCAAUGUUGAAAUUAGAAACAUCCUUGUAGGAACAGGAGACGACUGUAUCUCUAUUGGACCAGGAUCCUCUGAUGUUGCCAUUGAAGGGGUUACAUGUGGCCCAGGGCAUGGAAUCAGCAUUGGAAGUCUUGGUGAAGAUAACACACUUGCUGCUGUUAAGAACAUAACAGUAAGUGGAGCUUCUUUGUAUAACACACAAAAUGGAGUGAGGAUCAAAACCUGGCGGGGAGGGAAUGGUUUUGCAACUGGUAUAACAUUCCAAAAUGUAAUAAUGAACAACGUACAAAAUCCCAUUAUAAUUGACCAGUUUUAUUCUCCAUAUGGAAUUUCUACACAGGGAAAUUCCGGCGUGAAGAUCAGUAAUGUGCUAUACAAGAACAUAACUGGGACAUCGGCUGCAAAUGCUGCAAUUUCUUUUAAAUGCAGUCAAACUGUGCCUUGUCAAGGAAUCAAAGUAGAUGAUAUAAAGUUGAGCUAUAAUGGUGCAACAAAAGGUGCUCAAUUCUUAUGUAUGAAUGCACAUGUCACUACAAGUGAUGCUGGGGCUGUAAGCCCACGUCCCUGCCUUAGCUAG